AUGACGUCGUCAGAAGACGAUGAAGCGGCGGCGGACGUGUACAGGAGGAAGCAAAUGACGUUGGUCGAAGUGUUGGUGAUUUAUGUCAAUCAGUUUAUAAAGUCUCUUCCUGCGUUCACUGGCCAAAUCAUUCUGAUCUUCUGCGUCCUACCUGUCUCCUUCUCUCUCGCCAUUUUCCUUGUCACCGCGAUUUUCAAUUUUGGCAUCGCUUUCAUUGCUCAGACUGUCUCCACCGUGAUCCUAAUGCUCAUCCUCAUCCCCUCAUUGGCCAUCUGCAUUGCCAGCGCGAUUGCCACCGCCUACAUUCUUCAAUUCACUCAAAAUAUCUACCUUAGAAUUGUUAAUUACCCACCCAGUUAUUCAGUGAAUUCCUCAAAUCGCACGAUUAUCCCACCACCUGAAUAUAUUCCGAAAAUGGAAAUUGAGGAGAAAUUGAAAACUUGUUAA